GUGCACCCAAACAUUAAACAUGUCCGCCAAAUCCCUGAGAGACUGAGAGCGACAAAAUGAGACGUUGCGCACCCCUAAACAGAACUGCAAGGAUUACUUGUCGUCUAUCUCGAAAUAACUAUUUAACCUUUUAACUUCACAUUAAUAUCCACAGUUUAACCAAUAAUUUACUUUCAUACACAAUCUCAUUUCAUAUCUUGUGACAGAAAUUUAGAAAAUGCCUUAAAUUUAAAUUGCCUUAAAUAAACUUCUUGAGCACGCCACCGGUUCUUGCAUGGAGACGGGUUUCUUCAGUCCUUACAGAACCUACUUCUGCUUUCGUUUCUAAAGCCAAACAUUUGGAAUGUCUUAUCGUGGCGGACGUGGAUCUGGUCGCCACAGAGAUGACAGGGGAUAUGGUCCAGGGCCGUAUGGAGGACCUGGUGGAUAUAGAUCUAGUGCAGAUCCUUAUCAAGCUCCACCAAGGCCACCACCACCUCAGCAUGAUCCCUAUCGAUCAGGUUAUGGACCUCCACCUGUAUUAGAUUAUGGUGCUCCACCCCCAAUACCAGCACCACUUCCAGCCCCAGGGGGAUUAUAUCAUGAGCCGGGUUACAGCCAUCCUCCUUCUGAUCGGUUUGGACCUUCAAGAGAGUACUCAUCAUAUGGCCGAGAGAGUCAAGCCCAAGGAGGGGGGGAUAGUCGAUAUGGGAGCAGACCAGCAGAUUCUGUGACAGAUUAUGGACAUACCAGUCAAAAGCCACAAAAUAGUCAACGAGAAUCCACACCAAGUUCCCAGACUGGGAACCAGAUGUCAGGCUUGGAUCUAGAUGCUCUUCUACAAGAUGAGAGGUUGAAAAGUGUUCUGUUUGCAGGUAUUUCUAAAGCUACUGCAAAAUUAGAACAGUCACUUCAAAAUGAGGACAACAGAGAGUCUGUUGCGUUUGUUAGUGAGUCUUCAAAAUCUUCAUCUCAGUUGUUUCCCUCAGCAAGUGGUGAAGCACAGCAAAAGCCAAAAUCUAUCCUGAAACAGAAGAGCAGCAUGCCAAGUGUGAGCACUGUAUCACAGAGUGCAAGUACAAGUGAGUCAUUGUCUAAUCUUAGUACCCUAGAAAGGACCUUGCAGCUGCUGCGCGGCAAGUCCACUAUUCCACAGUCAUCAUCUUCUGUGUCAAAGUCAGAGAGUCAGAGGAGUGUUGCAGAGUUGAAAGGUGCUCUUGGUCAACUCUCGUCCUACCGCGAUGUGGAUGGGGGACUGAGUCAGAUUGAAAGCUAUGGAGGUGAUGAAGAAGACGAGCACUUGUACUCAGACGCUCCCCCGGUCCAUACCAGUGUUCGUGCUUCUCUGCCUCCCGAUGCGGAGACGAUUAAACGAGAGACAGACACGUAUGAUGUCCAAGAAAAGCUCUUUGAGCAGUGGCGACAGUCUAUUAAUCAAGGCAGUUCUGCAGCAGACAGUAGCAAAAGGAAGGAAUCCAGCAAGUCUUCACAGAAGGCAGAGGUUAAAAGCUCUUCUCCCUCAAGGCAGGUUUCCCAAGAGUCCGGUUCAAACGAAGACAUUGAUUCUACCGUGCAAAAUAUUCUUCACUCUAUUGGCUUUAAUUUUGAUCUAUCCAAAAGAAUGCAAGAGCUUGCCCGUAAAAAAAAAGAGGAGGAGGAUAGCCUUCAGACUGGGAUUGUGAAUGAGGCUGCUUCUUUCUUAGGAGGUGAGAGUGGAGAACUUCGUGAGAAAGAUAUAGUUAAGAGGCUUAGACAUGAGCAAGAUGAUGCAAAUAUUGAAACCUUGUUAAGAGAAGCAAGAGCUAGUAUGGGUGGUCGCAGGGGAAGUCCUGAUAGGGAAGGGAGACUGUCUCCUACAUCUAGAAGGCAAGUAGAUGAGAAAUUCCUAGAGGGUUUGUUCAGAAGUAAAGCAUCCGAGAGGGGGAGAGGGCCGAGUUCAGAGUUUGAAAAGACAAGAGAGUUGUAUAAGGAUGAGAGGAGUCCCGAGAGACGUGUAAGUUCUGAGAGGGGAAAAGGUAAUGUAGAUAGUCGCUCAAACAGACGGGAUGACAAGCCAGGGGCUGGUAGGUACAAGGAAAAAGAUUCUUACCAUGAAGGUUUCCCGAAAAGAGAUGAUAUCGAGGACAGGCAUUCUUUCUCUAAUGAUAGACAUGACGAGACUCAACAAUCUAGAAGAUCAUUAAGCGGAGGUAGAGAUGAGCUGCAGUACUCAAGAAGAUCAAAUGUGCAUCAAGACUCUCCACCAGUCUCUUCCAGAAGUGGGUAUGGGAGAUCACCCGAUGAUUCAAGGCAUCGGGUCAGUGAGCGAUUUCAAGAUGACUACAAAGAUGAGUAUUACUAUCCGGAUGAGAAGGAAGCAGUGGACAACUCUGGUGGUGUGCCUCUUUUCUCGACGCUCAGUUCAAGGAGGAAGGAGGGAGACCGUGUUUCUUCUGAAAGACUGAGUGUUCCAUCUGGGUCUAAGCUGGCCCAGGUUGAAAAUUUCCGGGUAAUGUCCAACUUUGACAAUGGCAGCGAUUUCUCUGAGACACGAAGAAUCAUUCUUCCUGCUCGGUCAGAUCAGCGCCGCUUUGUGUCCAAGUCACCACCCGGUCGAAGUUCACGGUCCCCCGAGUACAGGCGGAAUCGGAAACGAGUAAUGUCUCCAUAUGACCCUGUCUCUGGAGACGAAAUGGGUGGUAAAGGUUACAAUGAUUAUUAUGGUAGCUCAAAUGCCCCUUAUCCCAAAACAAGAAGAGUUCUCUCUCCUGCUGGUUCUGCAUCACCAGGUCGAAGAAGCUCUCUGAGUGGCCGCAAUGACUAUACCGUUGAAAGGUAUAGGUCUCCACAGCGGAAUAGGGAUAUGUCUCCUUACGAAUCUCCUGCUGACCAGUACCCUCGUAGAUACCGUUCACCAAGUCGUAGCCCUCCUAGAGCUGAGAUCUAUCAGGGUCGAGCCUACGAUGAUCUGGUCCAUUAUGAUGUGCCCAGAAGAGGCUCGCGAGAGAGGUUCAGAAGUCCGGGGCCUCGCUUGUCGAAGUCCCCUAGCUCUCGCGAUUUAUGGAAAUCUCGAACACCAGAAAGACAACGGCAGAGAAGCCCAGGUCGACGAAGAUCAGUGACCCCAGACAGGCGACGUUCAAGGAGCCCAGGACGUCGGCGCUCGCGUAGUCCUGGAAAGCGAAGAUCUAGAUCCCCUGACCGGCGACGGAGGUACCCGGCGAAGAGGUAUUCGAAAGAUGAAAAAGGAAAGUCACCUACCAGACGGAGGUCCCCAGUGCAAAGAAAACAAGCAACGAGCCAAAAGCCUGCUACGGACAAAUACAAAAUUGACCACCGAGGUGAAAAAGAACUGCAAAAGCCAAAAGUUGAUGUUUCUAAACUGCCAGCACACGAGAGGAAAGCAUACCUGCAGAAGAUGCUAGAAGAAAAGGGACAGACUGUGGAUCAAACUAAGAUCACCAUCAUUUCUUCCGUUGAAAAAUUGACAGAGAUUCCUGUAGAGCAGCGCAGAGAACUGCUUUUAAAGAUGUCAAAGGCUACUAAAGAGGAGCGAGAAAAAAUGAUGGUCAACUUGUCCCUGAGGCAGACCAAGCUUUCCACACUGAAGUCAGAGCUGGAGAAAACGAAGAAAGAGCAGGGGGAACUCAUGCGCAAAAGCCAGAGGAAAGGACUGGGGACGAAUGACCCACAGCUGGUCAGCAAUCGCAAGUCCCAAGAGGAGCUGGAGAAACAAAUUGAGAAGUUGCUCAGUGCUGACCUUAACGAGCCUCUCAGUCCUGUGGGCAAGAGCUCAGACACAGUUUCCGAAGCUAAGUCAACAGUUCCCCUUACAGCAAUCAAAGCAGCUGCAUCAGCGUCUAGCAAACCCACUGUGCCAGCAUCUAGCAAACCCACUGCUGCGGCGUCUACCAAACUAACUGCGCCUACUAUUGUUAGGGCAACAGGUUUAGCUGCCAAGGCUAAGUUGUCCGAUUCAGCAGCUUCAGCAGCCGGGAAGUCUCCUAGUUCUGCAGGAACGGCUGUUGGCAAGUCCACUGGAUCCGCUACUGUGGGAAAAUCCACAGGAUCCACUGCUCUAGGAAAAUCUACAGGAUCCGCUGCUCCAGGAAAAUCUACAGGAUCAGCUGCAACUAAAGCCACGGGCCCAGCAUUGGCCAAGCCAAGUGCGCAAGUGGCGGGCAAGACUGGUGGACCUGCUGCCUCCGUUGGGAAAGAUAAAAAGCCAACUGAGAGCGGGAAAGAUAACAAGAGCACUGCCUGGACUAGUGUGAAGGUCACCAAGACAGAUUUGCCACUGCUGGAGCCGAAAGAUGGUCAAUCCGCGAAUGCGAAAAAAAAAGUUGAAAAGCUAAACGAGGACACAAAAAAAAGUGGAACGUCCAGCUCCAGACAUUCAAGCUCUUUGUCAAGCUCCAAAAACAAAAUUUACUAUGAGUACUUUGAUGGAGGAAAUCAUUGGUGUUCUGCCUGUGGGAGUAACUGUAACUCUGCUGACCAGUUUCUUCAGCAUUGCCAUGGAAAGAAACAUAUGGGGAACAUUGAGUUUGUUUCAAGACCUUGGAAAGAUGAAAACUCUUCAAGCAAAUCCUCCACUCGAAAAGUUGGACAACCAGUUGGUAGAAGAAUCAAGGGCAUCGAGUUGAUGUUCCCUGUUGUAGGCUUUUACUGCACAGUGUGCAAGUCCUAUUGUGGUGACUAUGAGACUGCCAGUGCACAUCUCAAAAGUGAAGAGCACGACAACAAAUAUGCUGAAUUCAUCAAACAGAAUCCCAUGUACGAAAAACAACUCCUCCUGGAAAAAGCAACAAGCUUGUCUGUGAGGAAGGGGAGGAAACCACCAGAGGAGAUAAGAAAAUAUUGGGAGAAGAGUCCUUCUCCUCCCCCCAAUCCUCCUCCACCCCCACCACCAUUACCUCGUGAAAAACCACCAGCACCUCCUUUACCUCCUUCGUCAAAGAAGUCUGAAUCUAAAUCUGUCAAAAAUAGUAAAGCAGCAGAAAAAUCUGGUGAUAAAACACAGAGCAAAGGUAAAACGGGAGCUAAAAGGCAUCUGAGAGUUUCGGGCAAAGAUGCUGGUUCAGAUAAUGAAGAUGUCGGUGAAACUGAGAACAUGACUGUGGUUGAUAUGGAAAUAGAAGAAGAGGAGGAUGAUGGCUCUGGUGAUGUGGACAUCAAAGUGCCAAAAAUGAAAGCUAAGAGCAGCUCUAUUCUGCCUCCGUGGACUCCUUUGACUUCUGAUAGUGCAGAAAAGGUUGACGACUCCAACAGGCAGACUCAGGAAUCUCCAGUCGAGCCUCUGGAGAAAUUUGUCACCAUUGGAGAGGGCGGGGUGUCAGAUGUGCCUGUUGACCCAACAGAUCUUGACCUGUCGACCAUUCCCAUCCCAGAUGAGCCAACAUCCUCUGUCCCAGUAGAGCAGGCUCCGGCUGUUACCCCCAACCCUGAAGAGGUUCCCACGGUCAAGUCGUGGCAGGAUUAUCAGCGGGAGAAAGAUCAGGAAUUGGAAGAAGAAAAGCGUAUGAUGGGGAUUGAUGUAGAUGCAGAGGAGGAGAAACCCAUGGCAGUGGUGCCGGUACGUCCGCCAGUAGUUUAUGUGAAGUCCGAGCUACUACCCAGUGAAAUUCCUGAGGACAAAGCUACUAGUUCAGGGGCAGAGAAAGAAGGGAAGCAAAAACAAAAAAAUCCAAACACAUUGUUUGCCAAGGCUCAUGGUCAUAUUGCCAAUCCAAAGGCAAAGUUGAAGGCUGUGGGGCCUCAGAGCAUUACAGACGAAGACUUUGAGGCCAAGAUACAGAAUGAAAUCAAAGCCCGUUUAGCUCAAGAGAAAGAGAAGAUGAUCAAAAAGAAGCUGAGGCAGGAGCAGCAGGCGGAGAAGAAGGAGAAAAAAUUGCUGGAGGAACUUGAGCAGAAGAGGAGAAGGAUCUACAGUGACAGCGAGUCGUCUUCGGAGGACUCUGAUGAUGCUGAGGAUGUGGAGAGGCCCCUAGAGUCUGGAGCGCAGAUGCCAAGUGAGAUGUCCGUGACUCAGUUUUCUGAAGUUGAGGCGGCCUCCCAAUAUCCUACACAGACAUUUGGUACUGAAUCCGAGGCUGGAACGGGCUUUCUGUAUCCUGCGAACACUGGGCACCUUGGCGGAGAUAGCGCUGUUUCUACAGCAACUGACUACGAGGGACUUGUGCCAGCCACUCCUUCAGAAAAUCAAGCAAAUGUACAGGCUGAAAACAGUGCUCCCGAUUUGACAAAUCAGGCUUACUCGCUGCCUGGAAGCUCUGAAUUACAUGGUGACAUACCUUUUCCUGAAAUUGCCUCUACCUCAGUGGGAGGUGGGGCUGUUGAUGGUCCCUCGAUGGGUGUUUCUGAAAAGGUUGAGAUGUCGUCAACUCAGGUUGAAGGCAGCUCACUAACUGACCUUCCUCUAUUGAAAGAUGAAACUGCUGACUCCACUACUACAGAGUUGUCUGCAUCUACUGGAGAAACUUCAGUAACUGUGUCUCUUGAAAUGCCUGCAUUGGAGGGUGAAACUGCUCCAAAUCUGAUUUUAAACCAGGGGUCGGUCAAUUCAGGUUUGGAAGGCAAAACUGAAGUGGCUGACGGAAGUCAUUCUUUUGCGGAGAGUUGUCCCACAGAAGCUGUAAUCUCUUCGGCUAACAAAAACGUUGAUGUUAUGCUAGCAGAAGCAGAUUCGGGAGUCUUGCCAGCCCCUGGUGUCGACUCUGCCCAUGAUAACCAGCUAGAAGAAUCCCUUCACUCUGUGGACAGUACCACAGAACUUGGAACUGCUUCGAUUAAGGCUGAGCAGAAAAUGGAGAAUUUUGGAGAGGAAUCAGAUCCUAAGGCUGUUAGUAAAGAGAAACAGUCCUCUCAUGUUUCCAAGGAAAGCCAAUUGAAGCGGACCACGACCAAGGCCAAAGUGAAAACAGCACCAAAGGCAGGGGCUAAAGAAAAGCCUGGCGUGCCCUCGUCUGAAGGAGAGAUUAGUGACCUCACUGCCUGCUUUGCUUAUGCAGACUUGUCUGUUGCCAGGCACGCCCAGUCUGUCGCUCAGACCAAACAAACUGUGAAACAGAAAACAGCAUCACAAGCAAAAGAUAUCAAAAGUGUGAGUAGGAAAGCAAAGACACCAAAAGCCAAACGUCAGGUGAAGAAGAAAUCAAAUGAAGCUGCUGCUGGUAAGGGAUCUGGUAGCGGUGCUGUCAGUGAUGAUGAGAUGGACACAGAUGAGUUUGAGAGGAUGGCAGAGCUCAUGCUGGGAGAGAAUCUUAUUGUCCUUUCAGAGGUCAAUGAGGAAGAGGCCGAGGCUGCCGUGGCUGAUGCCAGACCUGAAGAUGUUGUCAGUGGGACUUCUGCUGAAGCUGGCGGCAGUUCUGAAAUACCCAAUGUUGAGCCUGCUGGUGGCGGUGCUUGCGUUCCAGAGGAUGAGGCAGCGGAGGUACAACAAAAGCAGGGACUGACUGAAGCUGAUUACCCCGCAAACACUGAAGGUGAUGCUUAUUAUAAACAUUUGAAAGAGCAAAGUGAAAGUGCUGGUGAAGUCGAAGGCAGCGGAGUGUCUUCAUUACCUGUUUCAGCUCCUGAAGUGUCGUCCCUUCAACCUGUGGUUAUGGUGGAGGAUCUGUGCGUCCCUGCACCUCAGCAUGAAGUCAGUGCAAGAGGGAAUGAACCUCCAGAGUGUGUAGGUGGAGCAAAUGUUGUGCAGAGUCUAGAAGGUGGAGAACAGGGUCUUGAUGCAGGGUCUGGUGAUGUGGAGAAUGUACCUGUUGUCGAGCAAAGUGAAUUGCACUCAGAAGUUUUGGAGGUGAGCAGAGUGAAAGGCGGUAGAGGUCGAGGUAAAAAAGGAGGGCGGGGGAGGGGUAGGAGAGGCGCAGCUCAGAGCAGGGCUUCAGCGGCCAGCAGUGAGCCUGUUGCAGAGAAGUGUGAGACUCCCAGUCUCUCUGAGACGACGGGGGAACACUUGGAGGAAGAACAGACGGCAGUGGUUGUGGAGGGGGUAUCUUCAGGCAGGACGAGAAGCAAGCGACUAACUCGAGGACAAAUGGCUGCAGAAGAAAAGACGAGAUCCAGCAGUCGACUGACCAGAAGCAAGCUCCAGGACAACCUCAGUGUGACAGCGGAGAGCCAGGCUGAUACAGCGGAGAGCCAGGCAGAUACAACGAAGAGCCAGGCAGAUACAGCGAAGAGCCAGGCAGAUACAGCGGAGGGCCAGGCAGAUACAGCGGAGAGCCAGGCAGAUAUAUAUAUAGCAGAGGGCCAGGCAGAUACAGCGGAGAGCCAGGCAGAUAUAUAUAUAGCAGAGGGCCAGGCAGAUACAGCGGAGAUCCAGGCAGAUAUAUAUAUAGCGGAGGGCCAGGCAGAUACCACCUUGGGGAGUGGGGAAAUGGAAGUCCUGCCUGACACAGUAUGCUCUCAAGGUGUUGACAGUGUCGAAAUGAGUAUUUCGCUCUGUCAGUUCCAACAAGAAGCAGCAAGUCAGGUGGAGAUGACAGAUCCCUCAAUUGACCCUGUCGAGGAUAAUGUACCUAUGCCCCAGCUGGACCUGGAAAACCCCUCUGGAAUCUCUGCUGAUUCAUCUGAUGUUAAUGCCUCAGAUGUGCCGACUAUUAAUGACAUCCCAGUAGUAGAUCCUGACAAUGCACAGUGUGUCUCUGAUUCGGAUAGUGACGCCACCAUUACAGAAGAGACAGAAGAAGCUGCUGGCAUUAUUGUAGUUGAGACUGGAGUCGGCGAGGCCACUGUCACCGAAGCUCUGGACGUUGUCGAGGCCGGCCAGCAGUUGCUUGAGGCUGAUCAACCAUCAGUUCCUUUUGAGAUCAACGAGGAAGCAGACGAGCCUGAUUCUGUGACUGAUGCAAUGAUGCUGAUGAAUGCAGGGAUAGCGGAGCCUCUGGCGACUUCCUCAAACAGCUGCGCCGCUUCAGAAGAUGUAGCGCUGACCACUCCUUUCUGGGAGAGUCUGGACCAGCAGCAGACGUCCUCCCCCACCCCAGCCAACGACCCACCUAUGUCAGGUGUUGUCUUUGGUGAGCCCACAGACUCGGAGAUGGUGUCCAUGGACUCAGACUCUGGCCUUGACCCAGAAGUCAGGGUCUCAGGUAACUGCUCUUGGUCUUUAUAAACAAGUUGUGGACUUUUCCUUGAUACAAAGACCUGUCAGUGUGUCUGCAAUGUUUUUGCAGUGAAGAUAUAUGCAGGUCUUCCAGCACUGUAUACUCUUUACUUAUCUUCUUACUAUGAUAUCACGAUAUAAUGGACUGCCCAACCUUUGUGCUUGACACUUGGAUAUUUUUUGUUUGUUUUCGUUUUAUGUGAUUUUAGUAGAGCUUUAGUUGUGUGAGCUUUUUGUGCUGUUCAAUAGUUCAAUUGUAAUUUCUUUUUUCCUGGACUUUGUCCUCGUUUUUCCACCCUUGUCGUAAUAAUGUACUUUCAAUACUUUCUUCUGCUUUGGCUCUACCGGUGUGUGCGUUUACUGUUCUGGAGAAGUUCUGUAUUUUCAGACACCUUUCUCGGGAUGUUUUAUUAAAACAGUGUAAGGGAGGGUAGCCUAUUUGGCAACUAAGUUUUGACCAUGAAAAUUUCAUGAAAUAGUAAUUCGAUACUGUCUCUUCUUUAAUUGUGGCGUCCCUCUGAUUUGUGGUUCUGUAAUCACUGCUGGUUUUGAAGUUUAAAUAUAUAGCGAAGGCCACUUAAUAUGGGACCAUCAUAUUUUUUUUGUUUAACUGGGUUUCCCGUUUAGAGAGGUUGCUCAAAUAGAAGUUUAAAAGAAUUGGAGAUUUUCUUUUCUUUUGGUUUACAGCUGUUUUGGGUGUAACUGUGUUUGUUAUGAGGGGAAUCCGCUGAAUUUUGUCUGGGUCUUUUAAAAUUUCAUGAAGCAAAAUUAUCCAGAAAGUGAAGUUGUACACUGGUAUUAUGGAUGAGAUCACAAGCUGUAGAACAUGCCAUGCAAUAUAUAGCUGUUAUUCUGUCUGCACAAGCUGCAUGCAUGUGGGUAGUUAAAGAUUGUUUUCUUUUCUCCCCUCCCCUUCCCCGCCAUGCCCUUGACCGUAUGUCGUUGACAGUGUCAGAUGUGUCACCUCUGGCAGGACUGAACCUGGGCCUCGAGGAAGAAGACGGCCCUUUACAGUUCUCUAUGGUAGACAAUGAGGAAAA